AAAAAGCUUAAUUUCCCUACGAGUUUCCGAAGGAUGAUUGCGUAAUAUCCGCAGGGUUAAACCGGGGAAAGUUGUUUCCUGAAGUUGAGCGCCUGUUCAGCAAUUCUGUGUAUUCCCACGUCCCUCUGCUCGCCACCAGUUUAACGUAACGUUGCUUGGACAGAAAAACCGAUGAAUGUCUAGCGAAGGAUCUUCGGUUUGGCUGCAACUGGUGUUGCAGAGCGAAUGAAUUUUUGAAAUGGAAGAAUCGGACAAACCACCACCUCAAAAUGAAGAAAAUGCUGAACUGGAAGUGAACCUAGAAGUGCAACUAGCCGAUUGUCGAGCCCAAUUGGAGCACUGGCAAGGAGUGGCGACUAUCUGUGAGCUCAGCAAACGGGAGGAGUUACAGGAGCUUCAGACACAGUGUGAUCAGGAGAUCCAGUCACUACAGGAGGCUCUUAGGGAGACUACAGCUCAAUAUGAAGCCAGAAUAUCAGCACUACAGUCUGAGCGUGCUCAGUGGAGGAGAACUGGAGCAUCGCCAGACAAUAAGGCCAGUAUAAAGAAGGGCAGGAUGGAGGGUGAGUCUUCUCCUACAGAUUCCUCUCCCUCUCACAGUCCUGACCCUGACAGCUCCGACCCCAGAGAGCUGAUGGCAGAGGGACCAGAGGUGGAGGGGGCUGGACUCCUUAUGGAAGGCUAUGCCAUUCAGCAGUGUGACUCCGCCUCCCUCGCCUCUUUUUCAAUGGACACUCCCUCCUUACCCAGGCGCCCGCCCCCUCAGGAUGACACCGCCUCUCUGCUUUCCACGGGAACUCUAGUGCCAGAGGCGAUUUACCUGCCUCCACCGGGGCACCGCCUUGUGUCUUACACCGACUGGGAUGCACUACAAACACAGAUUUCUGAGUUGCAAGGGGAGGUGACUCAGCUGCGGGAGCAGAGGGCGGAGCUGGAGAAAGAGCUAGACAUUCAAACUACUGAGACCCAGAAACAGGUGACAGUGCUCCAGUCUCAGGUCCAGACCUCUGAGACCCUUCUCCAGGAGUUGCAGAAAUCUUUUAGCCAAUCACAGAAUGCCGUGCAGAGCAGACUGGCGGAACUCUCUCUGUCUCAGAAGAGAGUGUGUAGUGAGCUCAGCAGACUCAAAGGUGGAGACGACCAAGAGGACGAGGGGACAGGAGACCCACACACACCAACUCUACAGGGCGCACUGCCACACUGUGAGGAGAGACUGCGUAUUGAAAUAGUCAACCUGAAGGAGCAGCUAGAAACUCGCACAGAGGAAAGCGAAGUCUUAGAAGUUCAACUGUCAAGCCUGAAAACAGAGACGGACCGCAUACAAAGCCAGAAGGAUAAGUUGGAGACUGAGCUGCAAGAAUGUCGCAUUGAACUCCAGGGCCUGCGGAUGGCGCUGUCUCACCUACAGGGAGACAACAAAUCUCUGAACAAUGACAAGGCUGCAUUGCAGCAGCAGUGUCUGGAGCUGCGCAGUCAGAUUAUCAGUCUGCGCAGUCAGCUGGACACCAGCCAGGCUGUUCAGAAGGACUUUGUGCAGCUGUCGCAGUCUCUGCAGGUGAAACUGGAGCAGAUUCGACAAGCUGAGACUCUGGAUCAAGUCAGGGAGAUUUUGGGGGAGGGGCUAAGUAAAGACCCUCCCCCUGAUGCAACGUGAGCCAAUGGAAGGAGAGUAGUGUUCAGUAUGGACCAAAGUAAAGACACUGUGCUUGCCAUUCCUUUGGGGAGACAAAAAAAAAAAAGUAACUGAUCAAGACUAAGCUGAGGAAUUUCAGUCCUCUCAGACUAAUGGGGAAAAAAAAAUGAAGAAAUGCAGUGACUAUUUUAACAGAUCACAAAUAAGUGUAGUGAACUAAUGUCUCAAACCAACCAGGAGCAUUUUUAAUAACAACUAUGUGACCAAACCUGAUACUUUUCUAAGCAUAGCUAAUGGUUUUUACUUGAACUUUAAACCCAACACACUGGACGUUCUCAAGAAAGGGGUCAAACUGUAAAAAAACGCUGCUUUAAAGUUCCAGAAAUAUUCCACUCGCGUCUUGAAAACGUCCCAGUGUUGUUGUUACUGUAAUACCUGUUUUGCACGGAUCGCCCUUAAGGCCAGUCUGAUUAAUGACCCUGUCUUACUUUGUUUGUAAAAUAUUCAAAACCAUUCACACACGUUAUUCAUUGAGUGUAUUCAUGUCGGUGUCAUUCACUGUGAGAUGCACAGUAGCGGCCUGACGGUGUUGUAAACCUUUAAUUAUCUCCAUGGCAACUGUCAUAGCCUAAUAUGGAAAAAGAACUUACUCGAAUCAUGAUUUCAUUGUGACGUCAUAAUGGUCUGAGCCAGUCCAGUUGGUAUGUAUUCUGAAAAAUAUAUCUGGAGACAAAAGGGUGACGUAACAAUAUGCGGAGUUUCAUAUUCGAAGUGGUAAUGUAGUCUAGGACCAGUCUCAAAUCUUGUUAAGAAAACCAAUUGUACACCUCCAGACACCUCCAAUUUCCUCUCUUUGUGGCUAAACUUGUCGUAUUUUUAAUAAACUCCCUCGACACCAAACAUUUCACAUUCUGGAGGGUUUCAUAUUCGUGCUCUGUAUGUGUUCUCAUUGCCGUAUGAACCUCGGUGAGGAUUGAUGGCUACUU